CCUCUCUUUAUCUAGUCACUUUUUUUAGAUCUGAAUCGACAAAUAGAGACAAAAUAAAAGUCAAUAUAUUAUUUCCUUUUUUUUUUUUUUUUUUUUUUUUUUUUUCUUUUUGGUUCUCUCCUUCUCGUUUCGUUUGAUUGAUGCGGGGAGAGUGAGCGGCGAUGGGGAUCGGAUGGGCGAAGAAGAUGAGAGACGCCUUUGGGGCGUCCUUCCUAUGGCUUGUCUCCUUGAUCUACUUCACUCAGGGUUUCAGGUCCUUUGUGUGGACAGCUGUUUCCUACCAGAUGAAGGAUAUGCUUAAACUCUCACCCUCUGCAUCACAACUUUUGGUUUCAGUUGCAUAUUUUCCAUGGAGCAUCAAACCUUUAUAUGGAAUUUUGUCAGACUGCUUUCCUAUUAGACGGAGAAAGCGAGUACCUUACCUGAUUGUUGCUACUGUACUCUCUCUUAUUCCUUGGCUUAUUCUUGGCUUGGUGGCAUCUUUAAGGGGAUCAAGCAAGUUCCUUACUACUUUCCUGACAGUACAAAACAUAGGAUCAGCCAUGGCAGAUGUUGUUAUUGACGCAAUGAUUGCAGAGGCAGUUCGAUUUGAGCAUGCAGGUCUUGCUGGUGAUCUCCAGUCAUUGUCUUGGUCUGCAAUGGCCUUUGGAGGGAUAUGUGGAAGCUUAUUGGGGGGAUAUGCAUUAACAAAUAUGAAUAUAAACAUAAUUUUCCUUCUUUUUUCUUUGCUUCCAGCCAUGCAACUACUAUCAUGUGCUUUUAUUGGGGAAGACCCCAAAGGACUAAAAAGGGCACUAGAGCCUAAUGGACAAAAUCAUAAUCAAGUUGAUAAUAACUUUGCAUCUGGAAAGAGCUUGACUGAACCUUCAAAAAAUGGUGGCACUAGAAGGCGAAAGAGCAGUAACAAAUAUGGUAAAAAGAAAACUAUAUUGCAGCAAUCCCAGAUUCCUGAAAUGGAGCAUAGUUCAAUCAGUGCAAGUUCCUACAUAUCCCUGAUAUCAGCUGUGAAUAGAUUGUGCUUUACAUUUAGACAGCCUAUCAUCCUAAGACCUAUGGCCUGGUUUUUCUUUUCGAAUGUUAUGGUUCCAAAUCUCUCGACAGUUUUGUUCUACUAUCAAACUGAGGUUCUGCAAUUGGAAUCAUCCUUCUUGGGGACUGUACGUGUCAUUGGGUGGUUAAGCCUAAUGUUUGGUGCAUAUAUUUACAAUUGUUAUCUGAAGCAUAAGAGACUACGGAGUAUUCUUAUGUUUGCACACAUUGGGCUUGCCUUAAUAUGUUUUCUGGAUGUUGUAUUAGUAUCUCAAGUGCAUAUUCAAUUUGGAAUACCGGACAAAUAUAUGGUGCUUUGGGGUUCGGCUUUCGGUGAUGCGAUCAACCAAUUCAAGUAUCUCACUCAUCAACAAUUUAUGCCAUUCCUAAUUCUAUCGGGACAGCUUUGCCCACCUGGGAUCGAAGGAACACUUUUUGCGCUCUUCAUGUCGAUAAACAAUUUUAGUUCCACAUUGGGCUCGUUCUUCGGAGCUGCAUUAGCUUCAGUACUUGAUAUUUCUUCUGAGAAUUUUGAUAACCUUCUGUUUGGCAUAGUUGUGCAACUAGUAGCCACUCUUUUACCCAUUGCAUUCUUAUUUUUGAUUCCAAAGGAAGCUACAGGGGUUGCAUCAUCCUGAUAACACACUAAUCUCCAUUAUUAUUUUUAGUUAGAUGCCAAAACACUCUUCGCUGAUCUAGAUGGUAGAAAGAAAGAAAGCAAGAAAGAAGAGGGAUAGUAGAAAGAUUUUUACUGUCCUUGAAGAUAUAUACAAUUUCACUUAAAGAUGAGAAAAUAUGAUAGAUUGUAGUGUUGCUUUUUUGUUUGAGUGCUGGUAAGUGAAUCUUAUUAUUGGUCUAAAUGAAAUCAAAUUGUCAAAUCUUUUGCUCAUAAAAGGUGUAUUCUGGGAAUGAGAUAAUGUUGUUCCAAAGUUUAUUUCCAUUUCUUUUGUUUAUAUUUCUCAUUUACAUGCACCACUGAGUGAAACGAAUCGGAUUGGUUCUGCAGCUGUUUUGGACUCGGGAGAUGUUAUAUACAUUGAACGUUUGUAAUUUUACACUUUCGCACACUAUCACAUGAUUAGUUGCUGUAAA